UCUAUAUAUAACCUGGUAUAUUUUUUGCACAAAUCUAUUUUUGACAAUUAUCUACAGAAGCUCAUUGUUUCGUAGCUGUAAUGAAUUCAAAGAAGGAAUGCAAUGGAAUUGACAACCCUGCAUUUAUGCAUGAGGAGGUCAGUGAGGAGACCAGCCAGAGCAGCUGUGCGACAGAAGACAGAAAUAAACCCACCUACUGUGUGACCGACGUCCCUCCUUGGUACCUUUGUAUUUUCCUGGCCAUUCAGCAUUACCUGACAGCAUUUGGUGGGAUCAUCGCCAUCCCUCUCAUCCUCUCUGAGGGACUAUGCCUGCAGCAUGACACCCUCACCCAGGGUCUUCUAAUCAACAACAUAUUCUUUGUUUCUGGCCUCUGCACAAUUCUGCAGGUUACUUUUGGAGUCAGACUUCCUAUCCUGCAGGGAGGUACUUUUGCCUUGGUGACCCCAGCUAUGGCCAUUUUAUCUACACCAGAGUGGAAGUGCCCGGCUUGGACCCAGAAUGCCAGUUUAGUCAACACCUCCUCCCCUGUUUUUAUUGAAGAGUGGCAGAAACGCUUGAGAACUCUGCAGGGCUCUAUCAUGGUGGCAUCUGUCCUCCAGAUUCUUGUUGGUUUCUCUGGCCUCAUUGGGUUCCUCAUGCGCUUCAUUGGCCCCUUAACCAUCGCUCCCACAGUGUCUCUUAUAGGCCUGGCUCUGUAUGACUCAGCCGGAGAUAAAGCUGGAAGCCACUGGGGCAUUUCUGCUUUGACAACAGGGCUUAUUAUCAUCUUCUCUCAGUACCUCCGUCUCAUCCCCAUUCCUGUCCCUUCAUGCAGCAAAACCAAAAAAGAGAAAAUCUCAAAGUUUUACAUCUUUCAAAUCAUGCCUAUUCUGCUGGGCAUUGCUGUCUCGUGGUUAGUCUGUUACCUACUCACCAUAUUUGACGUCCUGCCAUCUGAUUCUGCUCAAUAUGGUCACCUGGCCCGCACUGAUGUGAAAGGAAAUGUGGUGAGCCAGGCCUCCUGGUUCACACUGCCAUACCCCGGAAAGUGGGGGAUUCCAACCGUAAACCUGGCUGCUGUUGUUGGGAUUCUGGCGGGAAUAAUAUGUUCGAUGGCAGAGUCUGUGGGUGACUACCACGCCUGCGCCAGGUUAUCAGGGGCUCCUCCUCCUCCAAAGCAUGCCAUUAGCAGGGGGAUCGGUGUCGAAGGGAUUGGCUCUUUACUGGCAGGGGCCUUUGGGACAGGGAACGGCACCACAUCUUUCAGUGAGAACGUGGCAGCUCUCGGUAUUACCAGGGUGGGGAGUCGGGCUGUCAUCCUCCUGAGUGGAUUUCUCAUGAUUUUGAUGGGAAUGAUUGGCAAAAUUGGAGCCAUCUUCACAACCAUUCCUACUCCUGUCAUUGGAGGGAUGUUUCUGAUCAUGUUUGGUGUCAUAUCUGCUGCUGGAAUUUCAAAUUUGCAGUUCACAGAUAUGAAUUCUUCUCGGAACAUCUUUGUUUUUGGGUUCUCCAUCUUUACUGCGCUUGUCAUUCCAAACUGGAUUGCGAAGAACCCAGGCGUUCUAGAGACAGGCGUCAAAGAGGUGGACCAAGUUUUGAGUGUGCUUUUCACCACCCAUAUGUUUAUAGGAGGGUUCCUUGGCUUCUUCCUAGAUAACACGAUUCCUGGAUCCAAGCGUGAGCGUGGCCUUCACACCUGGAACACAGAACAUCUUGAAGACUCCAGUCAUGCCUUGGCAUCAGAAGAGGUUUAUAGCCUCCCUUUUGGAAUCACCUCAUGCCUUCGAAGCCAGUCCUGGGUCCGUUAUAUCCCCUUCUGCCCACAGAACAGUCCGGAGUCAGAAGAUGAAAUGCUUCAGAGUCAGGGGGACGAGCAAAUUACAAGAGUUUAAACUUUAAAAUAAAAUCAGUUUUUACUUUCAUUAGGUCACAAAAAGGCAUCUUUUUCUGUCAAACAUUCUUUCAGUUCUAGUUUCCAUUGCUGGUUGAUCGCUAAC